AUGAGUCUAUCUCUUCCAUCCAGCUCAACAAGUCAGGCUCUGUCCCGUCGAUCGCCAAGUCCAGGUGGCAGAGCCGACCCAGCAACAGGUCUCGAAAUUGCUUUAUCGCAGUUCGGGGCAAUCCUUACGGAUGAUGAGCGCAAAAGGCUCCAGGCACAGAAGUCGGGGUUAAAUGACGCAGAUGCUGCUUUCAAGUUCACCUUGGAAUUAGAUGAACUAGACCCGGUUCGGAGGGGCCGAGUCGUCGCUACCAAGCUCUGCUCACUUUUGCAGACUGUUCAGAGCUUUGGACAAGUCAUUGAGACUUAUGUGUCCUCAAACCCUCAGGUUGCGGCUCUGAUCUGGGGAACCGUGAAACUGACAUUCAUGGUCUUGAUCAACUUUACUACUUAUUUUCAAAGGUUUACGGACCUCUUAUCUGGGUUCGAUCACCUGAUACCGCAGUUCACUGCCUACGAGAAACUCUUUCCGAACUCGGAUCAACUCAAGAAAUGCAUAUGCAAUUUCCAUCUCGCCAUUGUCACUUGCUGCACGGAGAUUGUGAACUUGACUCGACUGCCAUGGCACGAAAAGGCUUGGGCGGCAUUGACAGCGUCGUUUGAGGCCAAAAUUAGGCCUUCUGUCGACAACAUCCGCGCUGCGGCCAACCAAGCGAAGGACGAGAUCGAACUUAUAAAGACCCAACAUGAUCAACUAAGUCAAGUUGAGCACCGCAAGAAUGAGAAAAAUCUUUUGAACCGGGCUUGGAAAUCAAAUAAGAAUAUCGAGAGGGUAAAGAAAGACGGCGAAGCCCGGCUCAAAUUACACAAGUGGCAAUCACUGCUGAAGAAGCUGCCUUUGUCCAACUAUGAAUCGGCAUAUCGAAACGCCAGAUCUAAGCGCCACAAGGGAACAGCCCAAUGGGUUUUUGACACCCAGCAAUUCCAGGACUGGUAUCGGAACGAUUCUUCUGCUGUUCUCAAUGUUGCGGGCAAAAUUGGCUCUGGAAAGACCGUACUCACCGCAAAUAUCAUCGAUUACAUCAUGAGGAAGAAGACAGACAGACAAGCAAUUUCGUUCUUCUUCGUUCGCUUCGACGAUGUCCAUAGCCAAAGUUCCGAGACCAUCGUUCGUUCUCUUGUCCAUCAAACUGUGGCCCGAGCGUCAAUAGACGACAGCAUAUUGGAGCUCAUGCAGGAAUCCGACGCCCUCAUGUUUGACGACGAAUCUCUCUUGGACCUUAUUCUACACCAGGUCGCACUGCUAGACGACUGUUUUUUUGUCAUCGACGGCUUUGAUGAGUGUACCUCGACGACCCAAUAUUCAGUUUUGAAUUUCUUAUCAUCUCUCGGACAGAGAUGCUUGAAAGGAAGAAUCAAAACAGUCAUUUCCGCCAGAGACAGCAUUACGGAACUUCUCAUCGGCUCUCUGUCAUCUGUGUCACGUGUCGUUGUUGGCUCUGACGAGACGAAUCGCGAUCUGGCUUUGUUUGCUCGAGCAAUACUGUGGGAGAAACAGGAAAGGGGAGACUGGAGUGUCGGCGACCCAACCUUGAUCGAUGAAAUACUGCAUCUCAUCAGUCUUGGAGGUGAAGGAAUGUGA